AAGCUUGACUUAUAAAGUAAUAAGUGGUUCAACAGCAAGUUUAUUAGUAAGUCAACUUUGAAGUUGGGUAUUGAGAGCUUGCUCUUUGUGAGAGUAGACAUUAAAAGUGAAGUUUAAUGUGAUAGUUAUCUGUGAAGGAUGGAGUGUUAUUAUCUGGGAAUUUUCCUAGAGAAGAUGAUGGUGAUCCUGAGCUUGCUACUGCUAGUGUUAGAUGAUUUACCAGGUGCUGAGCCAUACUUUGUAGGCCACAACUGUCCUGUGAAUGGCUACUCUUACAGUACGGGAAGCACGUUUGAAGAUAAUCUGAAUUCCACUCUUAUCACCCACCUGGGUGCCAAUGCCUCGCGUAUGUCCUUCUCAAACUUCAACAUGGGAGAAGGUAUUGACCAAGUCUAUGCUCUGUACUACUGCAGGGCUGAUGUUGGUCUAGAAGCCUGUCAUGAUUGUGUGGAAAGUGCUACAACCAGAAUACAAGAUGUUUGUAAAUUGAUGAAACAAGGGAUAGUUUGGUACGAUGAAUGCACCUUACGUUAUGCCAAUCACACCAUCUUCUCCCUUGAUGAUCAGGAUCUUAGACUUAGUUUUCCAAGAUUUAACAACACUCUUGUUCUGGGUGACUAUCUCAAUCAGUAUAGGACAACGUUUGACAGUAGCAUGAGAAAUCUCAUAGAUCGGGUUGCUAAUAACGCUAGCCUUAGACCUAGAGGUUUUUCCACAGAACGAGUUACUCUCUCACCAUUUCAGUCUUUAAGAGGGAUUGCUCAGUGUGCUCCUGUUAUUACUGGUGCAUCUUGUCAGAGAUGUCUUACGGCGGCUCUAAGGCAAAUGGAUCUUUGGACCACUACUAUGGAAUUUCUUCCAACUUGUUUUGUUGGGUUUGAGUUGUAUGGUUUACCUCCUUCAACCCCUCCACCCUCUUCAUCAACCCUACCACUACCAGUGCGCUAUAAGGUCCUUAUUGCUGUCCUAUCUGUGGUUUUUAUUUUAUCACUCCUCGGUGGCUUUUGGUUUUGGAAGUGUCGGCCUUCAAAAGGGGAUCCACGUCCACCACCUGAAAAAGUGCAAGACCAUCUUCUCAUCCGCAAGUAUAAUGAAUAUGAUCCAUCAAUAGAAGAAGAUCUAGAAGCAAAUGAAAGAGGGAGGCAGCAUGGAUUGGCACAGUUUACCUAUUCAGAGGUGGAGGACAUGACAGGUGGAUUUGAGAAAAAAAUAGGAGAAGGUGGCUUCGCAGUCGUCUAUCAUGGAUGCUUGAUAGACGGCAGCAAGGAAGUUGCAGUCAAGGUGUUCUCAAAGAAUGAAGCCCCUAAGCAGUUUAGCACCGAGAUUGAAGUGCUUGGUCGAAUUUCUCAUAAGAACUUGGUUUCUCUAGUUGGAUAUUGUGAAGAAGAAACCAACUUGGCACUUAUUUACGAGUUCAUGGCCAUGGGAGACUUGAAAGCUCUUCUGUCAGAACAUUCAGAUGCUAUAAGCUGGAAAAAGAGAGUUGAGAUCGCAAUCGACACGGCUCAAGGACUGGAUUACUUGCAUAAUGGUUGCAGCCCGCCUAUAGUCCAUAGAGAUGUGAAACCCGCUAAUAUACUGCUAAACAAAGAUUUUCGAGCAAAGGUAGCAGAUUUCGGGUUUUCCAAAAUCUUUCCAGCCGAGUAUGUUUCAAAUUUACAAACAAGGGUUGUCGGAACACUAGGAUAUCUUGAUCCUCAGUAAGUGAAUCGUUGCAGUCAUUUCUUAUAGUACUACCCUAAAUUGUUCUAACACUCUUCAACCACAAUAAUAGUAAUAAUACAUCACACUUG